CUCAAGGCGAACUGGAGACACCAUCUCAUCUCGCUUCCAUUUACCAUGGGUUGCUGUUUCUCCAAGCCUACAGAGUCACCUGUUCAGAAGUCACCACAGCCACACACUUCGCAGCCUGCUAUUCAGCAACCGCUGCAUUCACAGCCAUCUAUUCAGAAGCCGCUGCCUUCACGGCCACCUGUCCAGCCAUUGCCACCUUCCAAGCCACCUGUUCAGCAACUACCGCCUUCACGGCCACCUAUUCAGCCACAGCCACUUGUUCAGCCGCCACCUGUUCAAUCGCAGCCUUUGCAGCGGCCUAUGGAGAAGCCUGCAUCUGAUCAGCUAUGGAUACCUGUUGCCUUAUCUCCAUUGCAGCCCAUUUAUCCAGACUAUGCAGUUGGAAUUCAAGAGCAGAAGAAAGAUGUAACGAAGUUGCUCGACAUGGAAAGAGAAAGCCAGUUCUCAUUGGCGGUAAUUAUUUAUGGAUUUGGGGGCAUAGGAAAGACCACGCUGGCCACUGCUGUGAUUGCUGACUUAGAUCUCGCACAGUACAACUACUCGGGAGUUGAAAUCCAUGCAGACCGGUCAAGGAAUGACAUAAAAUCGUUGCAACGGCAAAUAUUGAAAGACGCCUUCCCAGCAUAUACUUUUGACAGGAAUGUAACAUUUAGAAAUAGUUCAGAGGGUCGGGAUCAUCUCACCAGUGCUUUCCAAGCCCAAAGAAACAAGCCAGUAUUUCUUUUUAUUGACAACGUUCUUCGGGCAGAAGACUUGCAAGAGCUUUUCCCAAAAAGUUUAGCAGGCCUUCCGAAGCGGAGCAGAAUAGUGCUUACAACUCGAAAUCUGGGUGUCACGGAGAUGCUCAUACACGCCGGCCUUGAACGUCGUGACUAUCCUGUGGGUACUCUACCCGACCAAGAUGCCCUCAAAAUUUUGUUCAAGGAUGAAAACAUCAGAGGCAGAGAGAACAUGCAAAAAGCCCUGAAGAUUUGUGAUGGGAUUCCCUUGGUGUUAGAAAUUGUUGGUGCUCGUUUGCGUAAGCAGAAUUACAUGGUAGAGAGAUGUACUCAAAUAUUUGAAGCUUUGGAGACAGGAGAGGAUGUCAAAGAAGAAAAUCUGAGUCAGCGUAUGGUGACUUCUGUUUAUAAUGAGCUGGCACCAUCUACGCGAGAAGCGUUUUCGGAUAUUUGCUGCUUCUUUACUAACUGGUGUCGUCGUGAUGUAGAGUACAUUGUUGGCGCUCAGGACGUCACACUUCUUCAGGAGGCGGCAUUGAUGAAGACGUCCAGCAAAGAUGAGUUUGUCCAUGACAUCAUUCGAGCAAAAGGGCGAAGCUUGUCUAAAAGCAAUAGAAUUCUUGAUAUGCAGUCCUGGAGGGAAAUAGCACAUGAUGAUCAAAAGCUCAAGCAAAUCAAGGGGGUUUGGCUCGGCAAGGAGGAGUCUGAAUCUGGGCAUGAAGUUGAUGAGAAGCAAUUGCAUUCAUUGAAAAAUUCGUUGAGAGUUCUUUGUUUGGAAAGCCACAUAAAAAUAUCAGGAUCAAGCCAAAAAUCAACUGAAUUCAAGGAACUUAGAUUCCUCCGUUUGGGUGGUGACAUUUCUGCUUUAUGGCCAGCGAAUUUGGAGUCGCUUGAGAGAUUGACUGUGUUCCAUGGCCCUGUCUAUAAGGAUGGUGUCACUUUAUAUCAGCUGCCUAAGAACCUACGGGUGAUGAGAGCCACUGCACAGUCUCACUUCGAGGGAUCCAAACCGGGAAAAAUUAUUCCAAAUUCUUCUUUAGAAGAAUUGGAUUUAAGAGAAUUGAGAAGUCUCCAGAAGUUUUCCGAAAAGUUGGAUCACUUAACUGCCCUGAAGGUCUUGAUACUAGAUAAGUGGGACAAAAUGCAAGAGCUGCCUGAGCAGGUUUGUGGGUUGCGUUCAUUAAAUAGAUUGAGCAUUUGUGGUGGAAAUUCCUUGAGAAAUCUGCCAAAAUUGUUUGCCCAGUUAAGUUUAUUAGAGGAGUUGAUGUUAACAAGGUGUGAGCAAUUGGAGGAAUUGCCCUCGACUUUUGGAGAUCUGGGUUCUCUGAAACAGUUGAAUUUGGCAGAGUGUAGCAACUUAAAGGAAUUGCCCUUGAGCUUUGGGAAAUUAAGCUCUUUGGAGGUCUUAAAUUUAGAUAGCUGCUCUAAAUUAGAAACCUUCCCUUCCAGCUUUUGGGAACUCAGGUCUUUAACAGAAUUAAGAUGUAGCUGUUUGGAACUGAAAGAAUUGCCUUCAAACAUUGAAAAGCUUAUUUCUUUAAGACUUUUAGAUUUAAGUUAUUGCACGAAAUUGAAAAGCUUGCCUUCCGGUGUAGUAAAACUCCGCUCACUCAAAGUAUUGAAUCUAUUCGCUUGCUGUUACUUAGAAGAAGUGCCUUCCACCAUUGGGGAACUUCCAUCACUUACAAAAAUAGAUUUAAGAGGAUGUCGCAAUUUGAGAGAAUGUCCAGCUGCUCUUAGGCGAACGAAACAAGGACGGACCGUUUGGCUGCCGGACGACCUAAUGGACUAGUCCAAGCACUUUGUAUACCGUCAAUCUUUAUCAUGUGCGUGUAAUUAUGUAAGCCUGUCUUUUCAUACUGCAGAGAAUGAAAUAUGAGUUCCUGGUCCUUUGGCUGCCGGACGACCUAAUGGACUAGUCCAAGCACUUUGUAUACCGUCAAUCUUUAUCAUGUGCGUGUAAUUAUGUAAGCCUGUCUUUUCAUACUGCAGAGAAUGAAAUAUGAGUUCCUGUACACUAUAUUAUAAUUCACA